AUGGAGAUUGAACGGGAUUCAGUGUGGUGGUUUCGCCUGAUCUUAGAAGCUUUGGUCUUCGUAGUUGGUACCCCUGGAAACGCUCUUAUUAUCCGGGUAUACGCUGCUAAGAAGAACAAGGCCACCCCGCAUAUCUUUAUCGUAGGCCUGGCCUCAGCAGACAUUGCUGUCUGUAUCUCGAGAAUCAUCCCAUUCAUGUUACUCUUCUCACCAUUUCCCAACAACGAAUUCAUUUGUAGGGUACCCGUUACCUUGGACACUUGGCAGAAAUACAGUUCGAUAUUACUGACGGUCGUCAUUGCGAUCGACCGCUAUUUCGGCAUUUGUCGACCGCAUAGUCGUAAGUUUAACAAUCGACGCGCGCGGUAUGCAGUCAGCAUGUGCUUUCUGCUUGCUACGGUCAUUUGCUCACCUUUCUUUUUCAUGUAUGCUUUCGAUCCUAGAACGGGUAUCUGUUUCUUCUAUGUACCGAUGUGGUUCAUUGUCACUCAAUUUUUGCAGAUGGUUGUGGUUUUCAUUGUCUCUUUGAUAAUUAUCGUUAUAUCUUAUUUGAAAGUGCACAAAACAAUAAGAGGCAUGGCUAAGGUACGCCCUGGCAGAAAUGUCGGUAAAUUUAACUCCGGAAACCCAAGAGCCUAUGACGAUUCAUCUUGGAAUAACAGUACGAUCGGACCUCAACUUCCUGAAGCGGUUCAUCCUUCGGUAGUCAACCCGUCAAAUGGACAAUCUCUGGCCAUACCUGGACCUUCAACCUCGCCGACUGAUGACGAGAACACUAUUCCAACUAUCUCUAAAACAACCUCGUCCAAAACACAAAGAGAUCAAUCCCCCAAAUUUCAGAAGAAAGUUACCUUGAUGUUGCUUCUAUCUACAGUGAUCUUCGUGGUGACAAUAGCUCCUGCGAUACUAGUCAUGGUGUUUUACCCUCUCAUUGUCCCCCAGCUCGGCCGAAGUGCAACCCUACGCACCAUCGUUAAUGUUGCUUCGUACAUUAACAUUGUUAACCACGCAGCUAACCCAUUCUUGUAUUCCUUUCUCGACCCCCGAUUUAGAAAAGAGUGUAUUAAGAUAUUUCGAUGUAUUUAAAAGUCCUCAUCAUCAGAAUGCUGACAGGGCAUGAUACCACCACGCUUCCAUUAAGCAGUCAUGUGGGCUUAUUGUAUACACACGGCUAUCAUAAUUAUUAGAAUUUAACUUUAUUUUAGGGAAAGAUAUGGAGAACGAAUCGUUUAUGUAUUGCUUAAUAUGGUAACAAUAAGUGUUAUAGCAUUAUUCAAUUCAUCGCACCAGAACAGAAAGGCUAUGGCUGAUGUCGAAAGGUCAAAGUUCGCGCACGUGUCGACCAUAAUAUUAUUGAGGCAUGUCCCCAUACCAAAUAUUGUGUUCCAACUUGUACAACUUCCAGUUCUCCAAAUGUUUUUUAUUUUGUAUUAACCACGGUAUGAACGAUUAAAAACUACAUUACAUUGCACCCCAUUUUCUAAGAGA